AGAAAGGAAAUUUGGUGUGAAUGAUGGAAAAACCAUGUAAAUCACGACCUGGAAGUGAAUAGAUUCAAACUUGAUACAAGCAAAGUCUUCAUUGCAAUGCUGUUGAGAUUCUUUCAUAUAAUCGACAAAAUGCGUACUUUGGUCGUUCAUAAAUGACCGAAAUCAAUCCAGCCACCAGAGACUUCCAAUCGGUUUACGCUAAUAAAGUUUUUUUUUCUAAUGAAACGUGCAGGCAAAAGCGAGAUAUUGUUGAUUACACGACGCAAAUGUUCAGUUAAACGCCACUUUUGCUCCAAACGCCUGGUGACACUUGCUCGUGGACUCUCACCAGCCUACCUGAGAUUUGGAAGCAAGAGAACGGAUUUUCUUCAGUUCCACAACCUAAAGAAUUUGGCUAAAUUCAGAGGACCAGGCCCAGACUACUACCUGAAGAAUUAUGAGGAUGAUAUUGUGAGGAGCGACAUUGCCUUGGACAAGCAGAAGGGCUGCAAGCUGGCCAACCACCCAGAGAUGAUGCUGGAGCUUCAGAGAGAGAAAGCAGCCCAGAUGCAACUGGUCCUUCUCAAGGAACAGCUCUCUAACAUCUACAGCAACAUUACAAUAACAGCCAGGUCUUUAGACAAACUCUAUAACUUUGCCGACUGUGCCGGCCUGCACCUGAUCUUUGGGCUCAAUGCCUUGCAUCGGAAUCCUGACAACUCCUGGAAUGGUUCCAGUGCACUCAGCCUCCUCAAGUACAGCGCUGGCAAGAAAUACAACAUCUCUUGGGAACUGGGCAAUGAGCCCAACAGCUACCGCACCAUGGUGGCCCGCACAGUCAACAGUAGCCAGCUAGCGCAGGACUACAUCCAGCUGAGGACCCUGCUGCAGUCUGUGCGGUUCUACAGCCGCGCCAGCCUGUACGGGCCCAACAUUGGCCGGCCACGGAAAAACGCCCUUCUGCUGCUGGAGGGAUUCAUGAAGAAUGCUGGGUCUAUCGUUGAUGCAGUUACGUGGCAACAUUACUAUAUGGAUGGGCGGGUGGCUAAAGUGGAGGACUUCAUGAAGACGCGGCUGCUGGACACACUGACGGAGCACAUCACUAAGGUACUGAAGGUUGUGAAGACACACACUCCUGGUAAGAAGGUGUGGCUGGGUGGAGUGGGGCCAGCAUGGGCGGCGGGCACCAACAAUCUCUCAGAUACAUACGCAGCGGGAUUUCUAUGGCUGAACACUCUAGGCAUGGCUGCCAUGCAGGGGAUUGAUGUUGUCCUUCGACAUUCCUUCUUUGACUAUGGGUACAACCAUCUAGUGGACCAGCACUUCAAUCCUUUACCUGAUUACUGGCUGUCCUUGCUCUUCAAACAGCUGGUGGGUCCCCGGGUCCUGGCGGUGCACGUUGCUGGGCUACAGCGAAAACCACGCCCAGGCCGAGUGAUCCGGGAUAAACUGCGCAUAUAUGCACACUGCACCAGCUUCCAUAAUCAUAAUUAUGUGCGAGGAUCCAUAACCAUCUACAUCAUUAAUCUGCACCGGUCACGAAAGAAAAUCAAACUAGCCGGGACCUUGCGCAACAAAACAGUUCAUCAGUACCUGUUGCAGCCCUUGGGAGCAGAUGGACUCCAGGCAAAGUUUGUGCAGCUGAAUGGGGAGCCUCUAGUCAUGCUGGAUGAUGAGACGUUCCCUGAGCUGAAGCCACAGAUGCUGCGCACCGGCCGGACGAUAGCCCUGCCCCCCAUGGCCAUCGGCUUCUAUGUCAUAAAGAACAUCAAUGCCUAUGCCUGCCGCCGAUAACGCCAUCCACACAGAGAAAGGCCUGCCCUUCAUGCAAAUCCAGGGCUGCACUGAGUACCUUUUCACUGUCCUGCUUCUCUCCGUAAAUGUGUUUAAAUGCAUUUUGAAACAUGGGCCAGUCUGGUGAAUGUUUUCAUUACAUCCUGAGGUCGACAGUCACUUCCGCCUUAUCCAUUGUUUGCGGUAAAUACAAUCACAACCGGCCACUCCAUUCUUUUUUUUUUGUUUUUAGUUUUUCUUUAAAUUUAACCAGUCUGCUCAACUCCUCUGUGGCGCACCGCAGACAAAAAGCCGCAGAUACCCAUUUAACUGUGCCUCAGAAACAGCCAUACUGUAACUCCCAGCUGAAUGAAAGAGGCUGUUAAAGUGGAUACUGCUCUUGCAGGAUGCAAACCCUCCAAGCUGUUCAGUUUCCCAGUGUCCUCCAGAGGACCCUCUGGCAGGAGCAGAAGGGGACAUCAGCCUGCAAAGAAAACCAGCAGCCACACUCGUCUUUUUUUUCUCAGCGCUGUACAUCCCGGCUUUGUCUAGCACAACAGCUGUCACUUAAAUUUUCAAGCCUUUUUAAAUAAUGAUCAUUUGCACCAAAAUGAUUAUUUUUGAUAUGACACUGAAAACUAUAUUUUACUUUUUUUCCCCUCUCUCUUUGUGCAAAAUGUUUCUUUACUUGUGGUGGACUGAGCUCUGCUUUCAAAGCGCAAAGCUGCAGUGUGGUCCCAGCCUAAUGAUGUUGCAUCUGUUUAAGGACAGCAUAAUCGUAUGUAUACCACACAAAACUCAAACAGGGUGUUAUGGGAGGUGGUCCUUGCUCCAAGGGUUGAAGUGAGCUGGUUUGACAGAAAACAGCUGAUGACAUCAUAGGUCCUGAGUCAUUCAGAUGCAAAGUGAGGGAAAAUUGCUCUGUGUGUAUGUUGCAAACAUAGAUCAAAUAUAGUAAGGGAAUUUAAAUAUUUGUAUUUUCAAAUGAAUUGUAUUAUGUAUUUGAAGUACGGACCACUGAUUGGAGCCUGGAGAUGGGAAUUCUGCAGGCCUCAGGGGGGGUGUGGGGCAUGGAAUGUGGAAGAGAAGCCUGGGUACCCAGGACAAAGAGGACAUCUGUCAUUCUGUGAUUUUUUUUCCUCAAAUGCUGUAAAUGUUUGGUUUUCCUAAAUUAUAUUUCAGUCAAAAAAAGCUUUAAGAAUAUCUGUGUAUAUAUCAUAUGUAUGUGUAUGUGCUAACCAGAGCUACACGGCUAAUGAGGCCAGUUGUAACUCACUGUAAUGACUGCUCUCGUUGUUACUCAGACCCAGAGUAACAGCCCCUGCUUAUUUACUCGGUGCUGCUAGCUUUCGUUAAAGGGUACGUAUGAAAUGUUAAGUAUAAAUUGUUUUUGUACAGUUUUUUUCUAAUGCAUGUAUCAUCCUAUUAAAAUAUGUAUUGUAUAUAAAAGCAUAUAAUAGAUGGGAGAUGCGUGCUUGAAAUCUUUAAUUUCAUAUAUUUUUAAUUUAAAUAAAUGUUUAUGUUUAUACAAUAAUUGUUUUGGGGGGACAGAUGCAUUAUGUUAUAUUACAGGCAUUUAACAGACACUAUUAUCCAGAGCGACUUACACUACUUUUUUGCUCGUAGUAUCCAUUUAUCGAGCUGGAUAAAAACUGACUUAAAUCAGGUCAAGUACCUUACUCAAGGGAACAAUGGCAGUAUCCUACCCCAGAAUAAAAUAUGUAUUCUUUGUUACCAGCCUAGUUCCCUAACCAUUAUAUUACACUACUGCUUGCUUUGAAACUUCUAAGCAAUGGUGAAAUUGAUUCUACCCUUUUGAGAGAAUUAAAUUCCACUUCAAAUUGUCUAACCUUUCAAAUGAGGGUAUAUAUGUAUACAGCAAACUCCAUUGUUAUGGAUUUUACUUUGAGCUGUCUGUCAGGGGGGAAGGGACAGCUUAAUGCAGAGCUUUUGCAUUCAAAUGUGUUAAAUGGUGAACAUCCUUCUUUUCUGAAUAUUUUUAUUGUUAAUGUGGAGUUGUUCAUAUUUUCUGUUUCAAAGAACAUUAUUUUAUUUUGGGAAAUUUAUGAGUGGACAAUUAUUUUUUGUAAAAAUGUAUACAGUCAUAAUAAAACAUUUUCAUGAAUUUAAGUCUUUAUCUUUA